AUGGCGUGUCCCCUGGAGCAGGCGCUGGCCGUGAUGGUCACCACCUUCCACAAGUACUCGGGGAAGGAGGGGGACAAGUACAAGCUCAGCAAGGCGGAGCUCAGGGAGCUGCUCAACAAGGAGCUGCCCGUCUUUGGAAGCAAACAGAUGGACGAGGCGGAGUUCAAGCGGCUGGUGAACGACCUGGACCACAACAAGGACAGCGAGGUGGAUUUCAAGGAGUACGUUUGUUUCCUGGCCUGCAUCACCAUGGGCUUCAACGACUUCUUCAAGGACGACCCCAGCAAGCAGCACCGCAGGAAGUGA